CGAAGCGGACGUUGUUGGUAUAGCGCAGUAGAUGAAUGGGAACGAUGUGAUUUAAUGCAGUAGGAAAAUAAUCGCGUUAUAUUAAUUAAACUCAAAGCGAGCAACAAUUGAAUUGUCGAAUCUUACAGAACGUUAGGGUUGAACGCAAUCAACCAACUAAAAUAUGUGUGUGUCGUUGUUAUAAUGCAUUCGCAUGGGUUGUCUCGGUGAUCACCGGUUUCAUCGCCCUACAUUAGUCUUGAUUUCAGCAGAUCAUCAUGAGGCUGAGAUUGAAGCUCAAGACUGUGUUCGUGCUCUACUUCAUGGUGUCACUACUCGGACUAAUCUAUGCGCUGAUGCAGUUGGGUCAGCGCUGUGACUGUAGAGAUCAUGUCAUAUCUAGAGAUCAACAAAUCUCUCAGCUGAGAGGGGAGCUGCAGAAGCUGCAGGACCACAUUAAAACAUCAGAACUGGCAAAAGACACCAAGAAGACUAAUGUGCCUAUUAUUUAUGUGAUAACACCCACAUAUGCAAGGCUGGUGCAGAAGGCAGAGCUCACUCGUUUGUCUCACACCUUCCUCCAUGUUCCUCAGCUCCACUGGAUCUUGGUGGAGGAUGCUCCCCAGCCAACUCCGCUCGUCACAGAUUUCCUGGCUUCAUCUGGCUUGACAUACACCCAUCUCCACAAGCUGACCCCCAAAGACAGGAAGUUGCAGGAGGGUGAUCCUAGCUGGUUGAAGCCCCGAGGUGCUGAGCAGAGGAACGAGGGUCUGAGCUGGCUCAGGGAGAUGGGGGCAGCCGCCGAGGGGAAGGAAGCGGCCGCCCUUGAGGAUGCUGUGAUAUAUUUUGCUGAUGAUGACAACACGUACAGCUUGCAGCUCUUUGAAGAGAUACGAUACACACACCGUGUCUCCGUGUGGCCCGUGGGUCUGGUGGGAGGGAUGAAGUUUGAGAGUCCUGUGGUGGAGGACGGGAAAGUUGUACGUUUCCACACUGGCUGGCGCCCCAAUCGCCCUUUCCCCAUCGACAUGGCUGGUUUUGCAGUGUCCCUGAGGCUGGUUCUGGCCAAUCCCAAAGCCUGCUUUGAUGGUGAUGCUCAGAUGGGCUUUCUGGAAAGCAGCUUUCUUCAGCACCUGGUUACUGUGGAGGAGCUGGAACCUAAGGCAGACCUGUGCACCAAGGUACUUGUGUGGCACACCCGAACUGAGAAGCCAAAGAUGAAGAGGGAAGAUGCACUACAGAAGCAAGGGUUGGGUUCAGAUCCCGAUGUGGAGGUGUGAGCUCCACCUUCUCCGAGCAUGCCUGGACUUCUCCAAACAUAUGUUGACAACUUCUAGUGUGCCAAACAGAUUUACAGUCUUACGUAUAUGACAUAACUAUGAGUCACUCUGCUGAUCAACUGUUAUUACAGGGCCACUCUUUUUAACACGCACAAAAACACUACAGACUUUGGCCUAAAAGAAUUAGCAAAGGAAGUGAUGAUUCAGCUGAAUACAGGGAGGGAGAGAGAUACGAAGGAAACCACAACUUGCAACCAUUUAUGGAAAUCCAUUUCCACAACAUAUCACACCCAUAUAGUCUUUUUCCUCUAUACUCUUGAACUGUAUCUGAAUUUUUAAAUAGUGUUGAAAUCAAUAAGGUUGUAUUUAUAUCUUUUAUGUAUAUACACUUAUCAGCCACAACAUUAAAACCCACUGACAAGUGAUUUUAUUAUCAACAACAUUUUAUUAUCUUGUUACAGUGGCACCUGUCAAGGGGUGGAAUAUAUUAGGCAGCAAGUGAACAAUCAGUUCUUGAAUUUCAUGUGUUGGAAGCAGGAAAAAUAUGCAUGCGUAAGGAUCUAAACGACUUUGACAAGGGACAAAUUAUGGCUAGACGACUGGGUCAGAUCAUCUUCAAUACGGCAGGUCCAGGGGUGUUCCUGGAAUGCAAUGGUUAGUACCUACCAAAAGUGCUCCAAUGGAGAACAACCAGUGACUGGGUCAUGGGCGCCCAAGGCUCAUUGAUGGGAAGUGAAAGCUUGCCGUCUGGUCCAAUCCCACAGAAGAGCUACUGAAGCACAAAUUGCUGAAAAACAUAAUACUGGCCAUGAUAGAAUAUAGAAAGGUGUUGGAACAUACUGUGCAUUUUACCUUGCUCAUGCUGACCCCUGUUCACCACCGAAAGCUCCUACAAUGGGCACGUGAGCGUCAGAACUGGACGUGGAGCAAUGGAAGAAGGUGGCCUGGUCUGAUGAAUCACAUUUUCUUUUAGAUUGUGUGGGUGGCCGGGUGCGUGUGGGUUGUUCAUCUCAUCGGGGGAAGAGAUGGCAGCAGGAUGCACUAUGGGAAGAAGGCAGGCCGGCGGAGACAGUGUGAUGCUCUGGGCAAUGUUCUGCUGGGAAACCUUGGGUCCUGGCAUUCAUGUGUAUGUUACUUUGACCUACAUACAAAUUGUUGCGGACCGCGUACACUUCAUGGCAACGGUAUUCCCUGAUGGCAUUGGCCUUGGCCUCUUUCAGCAGGAUAAUGUGCCCUUCCACACUGCAAAAAUUAUUCAGAAAUAGUUUGAGGAACAUGACAAAGAGUUCAAGGUGUUGACUUGGCCUCCAAAUUCCCCAGAUCUCAAUCAGAUUGAGCAUCUAUGGGAUGUUCUGGUCCAACAAGUCCGAUCCACGGAGGCUCCGUCUUGCAACUUGGUGCCAGAUACCACAGGACACAUUCAGAGGUCUUGUGGAGUCCAUGCUUGCGGGUCAGAGCUGUUUUGGCGGCACAAGGGGGACAUACACAAUGUUAGGCAGGUGGAUUUAAUGUUGUGGCUGAUGUGUGUGUGAUGUGUGUGUGUGACGGAUGUGUGUGGUUUACUUGAAAUAAGUGUUUUAUGAUUUAUUAUGUCAAUGUUGGCCAUGUCUCUGUUAAGGAAUGCCGCAAAUGUCGCAUCUGUCCUGAUGUCUUGUAGUGUUUGUCUAAUGUUAUAAUGUCAAGCUGUUGUCUUUUGUCUUAAGAUUUGUUUGUUUUCUUUUUCUUCUCUGAUAAAUGACGUGGAGGACAGUGACAGUACAGAGGUGAUGUAUAUUUAUGUGAUUAAGAAUUUAUUUUGAAUCCAGUCCAAAUGACAUGAUUUAUCUGACCUGAUGUCAUGUGCACUUUGUGCUGAUAAGGCUUCAAGUGACAGUGUGAAGUACAGUGACUCUAUGAUGUCAUUUGUAAAACAACAGAUGAAGAAAGCAUUCUCAUACUAUGAAAUUGUAUUCAGUUCUUUUGCAGAUCACUGUCUUUGUGCUGACGAUGCUUUGAAAAUAAUAGACAAUAAGGUUUUAAUACAGUUUGUCAGAUUCCAUAAGCUCAAGGUUUUUCGUUGUAUUGCUUUAGAGCUCUACUUGUUGUAGGAUAUUAAAGUUGAGGUGUCAAGUCCCCUUGAAGCAUCAACAUGUUCAAACACAUCUGCUUUUGUUGUAAAUAAAAACGGU